AGUAAAGACAUGUUUCGCGUUCUGCUUAAAAUAAAUUAAAAAAUUAAAAAAAAAUUAUAUUACAUAAUUCAUUUAUUUUAUAAUUAUAAUCAAUUAAAAAAAAAUAAACGAAAAUUCAUUUCGUUUUUCAUUAAUUAAUAAAAAUUUAAUAAAAAAAAAUUAUUUUAUAAUAAUAUGAUUUUUGUUAAAGAGAAAACUGUUUAAACCGAAGUUUAUUUUCAUGUGAUCAAAAAUAUAAAAAAUACUAAAAAUAAAAUCUAAAACUUCCAAAUUUUAAGGAGAUUGUUUUUGAAUUUUUAAAUUUAAAAUUCAAAUCUAAAGAACUGAAAAUUAAAUAACCUCGAGGCUAAUCAAAAUAUAAUAAUAACAAGACAAUAGGCUGUCAAUCAAAAAUAAAAAUGAAAGGAAAAUUUAUUAUGUGCCUUAUAAUAGGUGCUUUUAUAUUUGAACAAAACUCAACGGCAGCCGAAAAACCAAAAAUUGAAAAAUUAAAGGACUUGAAAUCAAAUAAAACUGCAGAAUCGGCGCGAGAACCAUCAGGUAAUUCAGAAAUAUCAAAUAAAAAGGUAGUAAAGGAAACUGUUGAUAAACGCCAAGUUGAUCAUGAAACAUCGAUUAAUUCACAAGAUCAAAUAGAUUCAAUUUUUAAAUCACCAAAUCAAUUUGUAAUUCGUGCUAUCGAUUAUAAUAACAGGAUAGGGAGCCGUAGGAUUCAUACAAAUAGUGGAUUUAUUAAUAAUAUACAACCACAGACGCAAUCAAGAGAACAACAAAUUCAACAAGCAAAUAUAAAUCAGGCAGACUCACUUUCAUUAGAGGACGCAUUACCGCAACAUUAUGGAUUUUAUCAUGAAGUUCAACAACCGACCCAUCGUUUUCAGCAAUAUCGUCCCUUAUCAGAGCAAUUCAAACCAUUAUUAAAAAAAGCGUAUCAACCAAGGUUAGCUCAAUACAUUCCACAAGCACAACAGCUAAUUCAACCUCAGCAGUUUUUGCAAGGACAUGUUGCUCAAACACAACAAGAAAUUCCACAAUAUUCUCCCCAUCCAUAUCCUAUAGUUCAAGAAGAUCAGCUUUUAAAAUUUUUAGAAGAAGAAUUGGCAAGUAAAGGCAUAACAGCGACAUCUCAAUCUAUACAAAAUGCUCAGCAACCUAUAUUAGCACAAAAACGACCACAACAACUUCAAUCUUCGGAAAUUCAACAGCAAGCGCAAGUACAUACAACGCAUCAAGUUACUUCUCAAAAACCUGAUGUAAAAAUGAAAAGUAUUGGUCUUGGCAACUACAAACAAGCUGUUCCAACUCCAGAAAAUGUACAGUAUGUAUAUAUCCCACAACGUCAAGAACAACAGCUGGUCCAAAAUCACCAAAUGCAAACGAUUCCGAUUCCACAGCAAUUAAUUGAAACUCCACCACCACCACAGUAUUUUAUUCAACAACAAGCCGCUCCUAUAUCGUAUCAAACAAAACCUCAAAAUGCGCAAAUAUCACAGCAACCGAGUUUUACAUACGAAAAAGAAAAACUUUAUACUGUUAACAAACACAACACGCAAACGGACGGUCAAAUGCAAUAUGCCAUAUUACAACCUUCACCACAUACAUAUAAAACAGUAACAAAGCAACAUACGAAAACACAAGCCGGAUCUGAAAAAGAAUAUUCUUUUCUUCCAAGUUUAGCUCAAUUUAGCGGCUUUGGUCACCAAGCAAAAUUGCCAAAACCACAAGCAGAAAAAAUACAAUCAGGAAGACAGUAUCUACCGAAAGUAAACUAUAAUCAUGGACAAUAUUUGAUAGAAACUCAGAUACCACCUAAACAAACUAAAGGAAGAGCAACAAACCACAAUUCUGGUUUAGCUGCUAGUCCCUCAUUAAAUAGUGGAUCUCAGCUGUUAAAUGCAAAACCACAGUCCACUAAUAUACAAUAUUUCACAACAAAUCCUCUAAAAGUAAAGUCACAUAAUCAAUUUGUCCCAGUUGUGCAUAAUCCAGUAUUAGGCAGCAAAAAAGAAAAUGUUAUGAAACUGAUUGACGCUCCUGCGUUACAAUAUCAGAAACCCGAACCACAAUCUCAGCACAAAAAUCCUAGUAGAGAACAUAAUGAAGAAGGAGUCACCCCAAUAUCACCUACAUCAGUUUCAACUAUUUACGUUUCACAAGGAACAGGAAUAGAACCAACAACAAGACCAAUAAAACAAACACACUUAAAUUCACAAAAAGAUUACAAACUCGAAAAAAAAACUCAAUUGAAACUACCGCCCCCAGAUGGUAAGCCCAUAACACAAGAAGAAUUUCAAGCUCUUGUAGAUGCUGGCUAUCCCGUGCAAGCCGUACCCAUUCCAGUACCCGUACCGUAUGAAGAGUAUAUUAAAACUCAUCCAGAAUACAAAUAUGAGCAGGAGCGAAAACAUUCCCCUGAUCAAAAAAUUUCACAAGAACAGGGACACCAGCAACAAACUUCUGAAACUAAUAUUUAUAAUACUCAAGAGAGUGGUGUGACAUAUUUACAUCAACUGCCACAACCUCAUCGCCGUCACGAUUUGCCUUCAAACGACAAAGAAUGAUAAAACUUAUGUUGCAUUGGUUUAUUUAAAUUUUAGCUUAAUUUACUCUGUAGAGUUUGUGUGAAAAUCUAAAUUAAUUUUGGUUUUCAUAUCGACGAGUUUUUUAUUUUCUGGAAAAUUAGUGCUGUUGUUUAUUUAACUUUCUUGUAUUUAUGCGAUGUGCAAAUAUAUUUUAAAAUACUAAAAAAAACAAAAAGACAACAACCUCAAAUUGAAAAUAAUUAUUGCAGAUAUGUACAAUAUUUAACUAAAAAGAGGAAUUAAAUUUUGAAAAGGACUUACAUAAUAUGUCAAAUAAUAAGAGGUAUCGUUAAAAAAUUACAUUUGUAUUUAUAUAAUAUACCAAUUAAAUUCACACACUAUAAAAUUAAGGAAUGAUGCGAGUUUUUUUAGUAUUGCAAAUUUUUAGUAGUAUUUAUUGAUCAAACUUUUUACAUACAUAUGUACAUACAUACAUACAUACCUUUUUAUGUGUAAUAUUGUAAAAACAUCAAAGAAUUUUGUUUGCGAGUAUAGUUUAAUUUUUAUAAUUUUGUAUAUGAUGUAAAUAAUAAUAUAGAAUCUAAAAAAUUUUCAU